GCAAGUUUAAGAUGAGGAGUUUUGCAUUUACUUUACAAAGUGAAACGUUCGAGUGUAGCGUUUCUUCCACCCGCUAGAGGACAGCAGUACUUCCGGUAACAGUGGCGUCAAGUGAACUUCACGCACACACAAAACAAGCUUGUGUUGUAUUGUUUGUACGCGUCAGAUUCCUCCUGUGUUGAAAUCAUUAUUUCACGCAAUAUGACGGCCUUCUGCUUCCAGACACAGCUCGUGUCCAUCAUGGACGCGUUGUCCAAAGCGGCCGUGACUGAAAUCGGAAAACUGGUGGAGAUCGAGUCGAAGAUGCUGAAAAUCGAGAUCACCCGCGGGCGGAACGAAAUCGCGUCGCUCACGGAGAAACUGCAUCUGAUGGAGACGCUGCUGCACAUGGCUCAGCGGGGCAGGCAGCAGGACGCCAGGGAAGCCUUGGACAGCGCCGCGAAAAGUGAGUUUACAUGGGAGAACAUCAGAUCCCCGCCCGAGACGAGCACUUCGCUCCAAGAUGAGCAGCAUCCUGCAACUGAGACGCCUCAGUUGGCAACAGAGCAUCCUCAACUGGUGGUAGUAAAGGAGGAGCCAACAGAGGUGGACAACAGAGAGAACGGAACGAGAAAGAGCAAGUGAAAACAACACCCAGAAGAGUCCAGAUGUGAGCCAGCGCCACAAACCGGCGUCGGAACGCCACCUUCCCGUCUUCCUCGACUGCAUCGUGAGCCUGAACGCGACCUCGUGCCUCACCUCGCCCCAAAGGAGGGACACGCAGCGGAACCCCCAGCUAGCACCCGCAAACCACGAGGCCGGCAAAAGCCCGUCCCCGGGCGCUCCCCCCCAAAGCUCGCUCCGGAGCGCCAAGAUGCACCACCUGAGGACCGCCGCCUCGGCCAAGAGGUUCGGCUGCUCGCAGUGCGGCAAAAGCUUCCGCUGCUACAGCCAGCUGGAAAUCCACCAGAGGAGCCACACGGGGGAGAAGCCUUUCCGGUGCACGCUGUGCGGGAAGCGCUACGCUCAGAAGGGCCACCUAUACACGCACCAGCGCACGCACACCGGCGAGAAGCCGUACCGAUGUCCCGUUUGCGGCAAGGGCUUCAUCCAGAAGUGCACCCUGGACAUGCACCAGCGCACGCACACGGGAGAAAAGCCUUUUGUGUGCGUCCAGUGCGGCAAGGGCUUCACAAAGAACUGCAAUCUAAAAAAGCACCUCUUGGUUCACCUCGAGUCCGAUUUGCAACUCUACGGUAGUAAUGCAACGCUGAGCGGAAUGUUCCAGAACGAAACCUCACCUAACACUGUGGCCGGUCUCGUGCCUUGCUCCGACACAGUUUGCUCGCGGAUCUGGUUUUGUCCAUUACAUGCCGGACGCGGCGAGGCCGAACCGUCGAAUUAUUUCCGCGUCGAGAUGAUGUGCGACACCACCAACAGAAGCUUCCGCAUGCAGCUGGCGGCCAUCCUGGAGAAGCUCACCAAGACCGCCCUGGCGGAGAUCGGAAACCUGGCGGACGAGUGCUCGUCGGUCCUCCUGGGCGAGAUCUCCCUGCACAAGAGCGAGAACGAGGCCCUGAAGAAGAGGUGUUACUCCCUGGAGGUCCAGCUCAGGGCUGCCCGCGAGGCUCACUACUACCCGGCCCACGUUAACCUGAUCGGCCGGAGGAAUCCCGAAGGUCAAGAUGAUCGCAAAACCGACCAGCAGCAGCAGGUGGCGGCGCUGGCCAUCGACGGCGUCUUCGGGAAGGACUGGUGCAUGGACCUGUGGAGGGAAGACAAAAGAGCGUCCGCUCAAAGGAAAGAGGCAGCCGAGCCCGUUGCCAUGUCGAGCUUGGGAACGCAGGUUUUAGAUUUAAUCGACGCAGAACCCGAUCUCAUCUUCGUCAAGGAGGAAACGUACGACGAUCAUCCGCUCGGGCAGCAGAUGAGGCUAACGGGAAACAGGAAAGACGGUCGCGCAGAUGUCGGGCUGCUGGACGCCGAGCUCCAUCGCUCCGUCAACGAGCUCCAGCUGCACUCGGAUGAUCUGAACAGCUUCCCGUUGAUGGUGGACAGCCAAUCGCAGCGCACGCAGCCCAACAUCAUGGACAAGCUGAUUGAGGACGCCUCCAUGAGCACGCUGCUCGACGCCGCAGGUGUGCCUGCCGCCGCCGCCGCAACCGGGGACUACGUCAACUACGCCAGCGAUGUCCAUAGCGGCGUCGGCGCCAAAGAGCUCGCUAUCCUCCCCGCAAAACCCGCCAGACCGACCAAGCACUUCCAAUGUCUCUUCUGCGGCAAAGUCUUCAACUACCUUAGCAGCCUGAAGGUGCACGUGAGACGACACUCGGGCGAGAAGCCCUUCAGCUGCACGUUGUGCGGCAAACGCUUCGCCCAGAAGACGUACCUAAAGCUGCACCAGCGCGUGCACUCCGGGGAGAAGCCGUACAGCUGUCCCGACUGCGGGCGCAGUUUCUCCCAGAAAAGCUCGCUGAACAUUCACUUUCGGACGCACACGGGCGAGAAGCCCUACAGCUGCGUGGACUGCGGCAAAUGUUACGCAUACAAGUACGGCUUGAACCACCACCAGUGUUUCAACCACAUGAAGACCACCUGAAUGGGAAGCGGAUGCAUGCGGUCGUGCUUUAGCUUUACCAAAGGAGUAUUAGGGCGAGAGUAAUGUUGGAUCGAUGGCAAAAAAAAAAAAAGAUCCCUUUCUUUCCAGUGUGGCCCUAAUACUCCUUUUUACUAAAUGAAGCAGGAGGGACAACAUUUAAAGUGGAUAACAUUGCUGUCAGUUAUUUUUGAUUUCUUAUGUGCUUGAAUUCCUUUAACCGGCCUUUUUUUCAGCUACACUCUUAAUUGUGCUGUCAUCUGCUUGCUGUUGGAAUGCAUGCGAAAAAUCCACGUGGGACGUACUGUAGUCAUUUUCGAUGUCAGUUUUAUGGCACUUGGUGUGAAUACCUCAUUGAAACGCUGACGUCAUCCUCAACGCAUGCCGUCACACGUUUGCUGUGCAUUGUUUGAAAUACCUCCUCCGAGGCCGGAGUCAACGGUCUUGUCUCGUAAAAGCCCGAAUAAUAAGGUUGUGCCGACGUGUCGCGUAGGCCUUCAACUACCUCAUCACAAUAGUAAAUAGUGCACAAAGUGUGCCGUUUUCAUUUCAAUAACUUGUGACUAUAUGAUGUACAUUUUUUAAAAAGGAUUUUGAAAAUAUGAGUGCUUAUUUCCCCCACCUUGUAUUUAUAUUGUUGCUUCCUUGUGGGUGAAACGACGCAACUUGGCACACCGAUUUGCCGUCAUUGUUCAGCAAUCAGAAUGAAUUAGAUCCUAACAAUGUUGCUAAACAUGCUGAAAUAGCCCCCCCCCCCCCCAAAAAAAAAAAACAAGGGCACAAAGUAGACACAGGUGUAUCUCAAAAAAUGUGAAUAUUAUCAGCAUAAUAGUGGAAUUGCGCAACUCCUUUUUGAAUGUUUCAAGGAAAAAGGUCUGGUUGCCUCAAUCAACUUUCAGCAAGCAUGUUUUUUUUUUAAUUGAAAUUGUGACAGUGUUAUUAUUAUACUCUUAGUCUAACUAUCAUGGAAAAUGUCAUUUAUUUCAGUAGUGUAAUUCAAAGUGAAACUCAAAUUAUAUAGAUUCACGACACAAAGUGGAAUAUUUCAUAAUUCUUCAAAAUAAUUUUGAUGAUUAUAACUUACAGCUAAAAAAAAAUCAUCUUAAGAAAUUUUAUUAUAUCUAAUGAUUUUUAAUGCAGAAAUUCGGUAAGAACUGGCCUUCUGAAAAGUAUUUUGGGAUGUGUUUAAUGAAUCUGUACGAGUUUCACUUUUUGAAUUGAACUACUGAAUUAAAAUGUUGUACCGUAUGAUAAUUCAGAGGCUCUCAAACUUUUUACACCAGUUACCACUUAAAGAAUUACUUUGCUCUUCAAGUACCACCAUAAUGACCAACAUUAAUAUGCAUUAAGUAGUGUAAUAAGUCUACAUGUUCAUCAAAAAAAAAAUUAUUGCAAAAAGCAUUUUUUAUACAGUAAGCCACUGCACUGUCAUGCAAUUUUUACAUUAGCACUGCCCUUAAAUACAUCCAUCCAUUUUCUGUACUGCUUAUCCUAUUCCUCACUAAGGUUGCGGGUGAGCUGGAACCUACACAGUGAAAUAAAAAAAAUAAAAAAAUGCACUUAUUUACUUAAAAUGUUUUGCACUUACAGGUUAAAUAAAAAUUGUACCUUUUAUAAAUGUUUAAAACGUAAAAGCUAAAAACAACUGAACAGUACUUACAAGUACCACUAGCGCUUGUAAAGCAGUGAGAAUCAGUGUUCUAAUUUAUUGAGAUGCACCUGCAAAGACAAAACCAAGGUUGCAGAGGAAGCUUUUGUCGAAUAAACAUGUUCAAAUAAAUUCAACAUACUAUGAAAGUAGACAAAUGACUUGUUACAAAGAAACUUUGUUACCUUGAAAAAUCCCCCAGUAAAAAAAAAAAAAAAAAACCUGUUGUGCUUGUUGUUUGCCAAACGAAAUAGCAGACUUGCGUCGUGCUUGCAUGCCCUAGCAAAGCCCUCCCCUCGAGGCUACCCCAUAUUAAAAUAUGUGCAAAUGUUCACCGGGGUGUAAUGAAAAGUGCAUUCUUUAUUUCAGAACAAAGCACACUCGGACUGUAUUUUUGAGCAAUGUUUUAUUUAAUAAACCUCUU